CGACGCGGGGCCGAGAGAGCUACUUCUCACUUCUCUACCAACUCCAUAUUGAAGAACAUUCGGAUCAAACUCCCACGCACGCGAACAAAAAUAUCCAACACCAGCCUUUUGCCCUAGCGUUUUGAACCCAAAAAAAAAAAAAAAGAAAAAAAGAAAAAGCCUUUUGCCAUUCUAUAUUCAACAUUUUGAUUCUGAGAAUAAAAAAAAAAUUUAGCCUUUCGGUUUUCUGUUUUCUUUUGUUCCUAUUUUACCCUUCUUGCACCUGUGUAUUCUCUUCUCCUACCUUUUUCUGGUUCUUCUUCCCCUUCUUCGAUUCGAUUGGGUAUUGUUCAUCUAUGGAUAAAUCUUUAAUAUUCUUGUAUAUCACUACCUUGGCCUCGCUUUUGGUUUCGUCCUCCGCUUUCUGCCCUCACGAAUCGGAAUUUUUCCGUUAUAGUCUUCAAUCUCAAUCCCAUAUCUCGAUCUACCCCUACCCUCCCCUCAAGGUGGAUGGAAAUUUCCUUGAGAGAGCUUUGGCAUCGAAACAGAGGACUGGUUAUACUGCGGUGCUCUUUUAUGCUUCAUGGUGCCCAUUUUCAUGCAGUAUGUAUCCUACAUUUGGAAUGCUCAGCUUCAUGUUCCCUCAAGUAGAACAUUUGGCAAUUGAGCAAUCUUCAGCAUUGCCAAGUGUUUUCUCAAGAUAUGGAAUCCAUAGCUUGCCUUCGAUUUUAAUAGUCAAUCAGACAUCAAGGGUGCGAUAUCAUGGCCUAAAAGAUUUAUACUCGCUUGUACGAUUUUACCAAACAAUCACAGGACUUGAACCAGUUCAAUAUUUUGAUGGCAAUCAAUCCGUCGUUUUAAAAAGUAGUGAAAAGUCCAUAAUCCAGUCAAUAAGUAAUAUGUCACUAAGAGAGAUAUCAAGGAGCGAACCCUAUUUAGUUUUUGCUCUCUUGUUCCUCUGUUUGAGGGUACUCCUGUAUAUAUUUCAUAGGGUAUUGGCUUGCCUCAAAGCUUUCUGGGUUCUAUAUGUUCCCCAUUUUAACUUAGGAAUAUUUGGGGAGACAAGUCAAAUUAUGGGGCGUAUCCUCCACAUGGUUGAUGUUAGGAGGAUUUGGAACAAGCUGAGACUAUGCAAGACCCAAAACUUCCACAAGGGUGCAAAGAAUGCCAGGGUUUGGGCUUCUUCACUGACUUCUGUCUCUCUGGGUGAAUCAUCAGCUAGAUCGUCAUCAUCAUCGUCAUCUUAAAUGCAGAACUUAAAAUCUUGUACAAGAGAAAUUGGGGUAGAAAUCUCCAACUGAUAGUGUAUAAUCAGCUGCUGUGAUGUUCUUGAGGCAGGUAGUUAUUAUCUCUCUCUCUCUCUCUCUCUCUCACACACACACACACACAUGUAUCGUUACUGGUAUUGAUGAUAGCUGAAGCUGUUGUCGUUGUUUGAGUUGAGUAAUUUUUUUUUUUUUUUUUUGGGGGGAAAGGAAACCAGCAAUGUAAAUUUGAGAAUAGCUUUGUUUUUGUAAAUUACUUGUCAUCUGACGUGAAGUUUCUUAGUUUAUACAAGAGGAAUGUAAGAAUAUUAACACAA